AUGGCAGCCUUAAACUUCAGCAGUACUCUGUCCUCCACAUUCUAUUUCACAGGUAUCCUUGGCUAUGAAGAAUACCACCACUUGAUUUCUAUCCCAUUUUGUCUCCUUUGCCUUAUUGGAAUAACAGGAAACUGCACCAUCAUGCAUAUAGUUCGAACAGACCCCAGGCUCCAUGAGCCCAUGUACUAUUUCCUGGCCAUGCUUUCUUUCACUGAUAUGUGCAUGUCCAUGCCCACAAUGAUAACCCUUUUCAGGGUUUUAUGGUCUAUUUCCAGUGAAAUUCAAUUCGAUGUCUGUGUAGUCCAAAUGUUUUUAAUACAUACUUUUUCCUUCACGGAAUCAUCUGUGCUCUUGGCCAUGGCCAUUGACCGGUAUGUGGCUAUCUGCCACCCUCUAAGGUAUGCUACCAUUCUCACCCCAAGACUUAUCCUCAAAAUUGGAAUUGCAUCCUUUCUUAGAAGUUCCUUACCUUUAGUUCCACUGCUGAUCCGACUGGCCUUCUUACCAUUCUGUCGCUCCCACACUCUGUCUCAUUCCUAUUGUCUGCACCAGGACAUAAUCCGCCUUGCCUGUGCUGAUAUCAAGUUCAAUGUUAUGUAUGGAUUGGGUGUUGUCAUUGUGCUGUGGGGCAUAGAUUGUCUGGGUAUUUUCGUGUCUUAUGUGUUUAUUCUUCACUCCGUAUUAAAAAUUUCAUCACGAGAGGGAAGACUUAAAGCCCUCAACACAUGUGCAUCCCACAUCUGUGCUGUGCUCAUUUUGUAUAUUCCUAUGAUUGGACUCUCUAUUAUUCAUCGUUUUGCUAAACAUUCUUCCCCACUAAUUCAUAUCUUCAUGGCUCAUGUCUACUUAUUUAUUCCACCUGUCCUGAAUCCAAUCAUAUACAGUGUGAAAACCAAACAGAUCCGCCAAGGAAUGCUGAAUUUGAUUCUCCCUAAAAACAUCAGAUCAUCAUUGAUGUAG